ACCUUGUUUGCCCUUUACAAUACAUUCUCACUCCAGAACAAUGGCCUUCGCUCUGUCCAGCAAGCCCGUUGCCGGCGUCGUCGCCCGCUCGGCGUCGACCAAGACUGCCGUGCCCGCUGUGGUGCGCGCUGGCGUCCGCUCGUCGAGCAAGCGCCGUAACCUGGUUGUGAGCAAUGUGGCCGCUCCCGCCAAGGAGUCUUGGCAUGGCACCAUCCACACUCCUGGCCCCGACAGCCAGCGCUCGGGUCUGCCUACUCUGAUUAACAAGGAGCAGGUCGAGGCCCUGGAGGCCGAGCUGGACCAGGGCGCCUCCAUCGCCGCCCUGCGCCGCUUCAACGACGCCCUGCGCGCCCUGCCCGCCGACCGCUGGGAGUCUGUGCUGCGCCCAGUGUUCAACGAGCUGUGCUUCAACCUGGAGUCCUUCAACCCCGCCUUCACCCACUGCCUGCUCAUGGUCCAGCGCACCAUUGGCGUGUCUGACUACGUGCGCCGUGACCUGGCGCUCAAGAACCUGAUCCAGCCGCUGGCGGGCGAGUACGGCAUGCACAACGGCCAGCCGCAGCUCAAGACCCACCGCGAGCUGUUCUCGGACUUCUUCGCCAGCCUGUUCGGCUAUGACCUGGCGCAGCUGAUUGCGGACUCGCCCGCGCCCACCGCCGCGCAGACCCUGUUCCAGCAGAUGAUGCGCGACAUCAGCUCCGCCGGCGGCCAGUCCGCGCAGCCCCUGGAGCAGGCCUCGUACGCGCUGGGCUACAACCUGGCCAUUGAGUACCUGGCUGACUACGAGAAGACCUGGAUGCUGGACAGCUUCCGCCAGCUGGACUCGCGCAUCUUCUCAGGCCUGGGCAAGAAGAUCGACUGGAUCUUCCUGGAGGUGCACGCCGAGGGCGAGGCCGAGCACGCCGCCAUCGGCCACGCUGCCGUCCUCAACAUGGUUCCCACCGAGCACAUCCCCACCGUGCGCCGAGCCAUGGCCGACCACGACCGCGACUUCGCGGCUUUCUACAACCACGUCGCUGACAUGCUGGAGGGCAAGAUCUAAUUAUAUAAGUAUAAGGAUCUGAUUGUAAGCUCGUUAUGGAGGUCUGACGAUCUGAGUUAGGUUGGACUGGCGGUCAUUCAUGCUGGUUGGUCUGGAGAAAGAGCUUGUCUUGCGGGGUUGCUGACUUGACGUUAACAGCUGUCCAAGCCGCGGCGGUUAUGAUGGUGGUGACCGGGACCAGGGAGGUGAUACGGUAAUGACCGGAUGGGGUUGGGAUCUGGCCCGCGCUCUUCAGGGCUCUUCGUUGUGUGGCCGUUGCUGGGCUUGUGGGGUGUAACUGGGUGCACCGGAUUGGUGUGUAUGUCUUCGUACAACCUCGUGUGCGCAUUCCUGACGGGGUUGCGUGCCCCCGUGUGGGCUGGGGACCUGUAUGUAUGUAUUUGUUGUACAUGCGGAGAUUGCGGACGUGUGUGUGUGUGUGUCUGUGCAUGUUGCCUUGGAGACCUGCUGUUGCUGCGGCCUGAAACGGCAAGGCAUAGGGCGGAGCACUGCUGCCCUCGGCGCGCGCAUGUGUAUGAGCUGCUCACCGAAAGGAUGAGCCAGUUCACGCGCUUUGUAAAACACGAAAAAACGCAUGACGGCGCGUCGGGGCAGGCCAACCAGGGCCAACUAGACAAUGUUUGCUGCGAAAGGCAUGUCCCCGUGU